UGCUCGAGAAGCAUAGUAAAGUGAUAUAGUCUGUAAUAGUCGGAUCAAUGCGACGGGACUAGUAUUUUAUUCUAAAGAAAUUUAUACUUUGUCGAAUAUGGAAUUAUUCACAGCUUUGAGUUUAUUUAAUCGGCAAAAAUACGAAGCGUGUGCCGUAAUAUGUACGGAUUUAUUGAGAAAAAAUCCAUUGGAUCAGGCUGUGUGGGUUUUAAAAAUGCGUGCCUUAACGUUGCAAGUCUACGUGGAUGAUAUCGAGGGCGAAGAGGAAGGAAUUGCGGAGACUCUGUUAGACAAUUAUGCGAUAUCGACGAUGCCCAGACCGGGAACUUCCUUAAAAAACCCUGGUACCAGUUACACUGGUCAAGGAGUGCGGCCUAAAUCUCAGUCCGGUAGACCUGUUACCGGAGUAGUGCGACCUGCUACGCAGGCAGCAAUGUCCCAGUCGAUUGAGCAAGCAUUGAAAACACCGAGAACAGCGAUGACUGCUAGGCCGAUUACAGCAAGUUCAGGACGCAGUGUUAGGCUUGGUACAGCAUCGAUGUUGACGGAGCCUGGUGGACCCUUUAUCCAAUUGUCACGAUUGAAUAUAACUAAAUACGCUAAUCAGCAAAGCAUAGCAAAACCAUUGUUCGAAUAUAUUUAUUAUCACGAGCACGAUGCCAGAUACGCGCUGGACUUGGCCGUUCAGGCGACGCAGGUUUGUCAAUAUAAGGAUUGGUGGUGGAAAGUUCAACUAGGAAAGUGUUAUUACACCUUGGGAUUAGUAAGAGACGCGGAACAACAAUUCAAGUCGGCGUUGAAAGAUCACAGAAACAUUGAAACAAUUUUGCGGCUGAUUAGAGUCUACAUCAGGCUUGAUCAGCCAGUAGCCGCAUUGGACACAUGUAAGAGGGGCCUUGAGUACUUUGCGAACGAUGUUACGAUCCUAACAGAAAUGGGCCGGAUAUUCGAGGGCUUGAACAACACGACGAUGUCCAUGAAAUAUUAUAAAAUAAUCGCGCAGGAGGACGCUUCUCAUACCGAAGCCAUUGCUAGUAUAGGCAUGCAUCACUUUUACAAUGAUCAACCGGAGUUAGCCUUACGUUAUUAUAGACGCCUCUUACAAAUGGGUGUACAUAACGCCGAAUUGUUCAACAAUCUCGGACUUUGUUGCUUCUAUGCUCAGCAAUAUGAUCAUACGAUAUCAUGCUUCGAAAGAGCAUUAAGUCUCGCAACUGACGAGAAUGUAGCUGACGUGUGGUACAACAUUUCCCAUAUCGCUAUUACAUUAGGUGAUCUGAUAAUGGCCGAAGAGUGUUUGAGGCUAGCCAUCGCAAGCGAUAAUAGACACGCUUUAGCUUACAACAAUCUCGGCGUGUUAGAAAUGCGCAACGAGAAUAUUACCGCAGCGCGAACAUAUUUCCAUGCAGCAGCUAAUAUCGCUAGUUAUGUAUACGAGGCGCACUUUAAUAGCGCACACUUAGCUUAUGAGGUUGGAGAUUUGCAGACGAGUUACAUUGCAAUACAAAAAUCAUUGAACGCAUAUCCUGGACAUUACGAUAGUAAAACUCUUCUACGGAAACUGCAAAGAUACUUCUCACAUAUGUGAAAUAAACAAGAGAGUUCUUACAUUCUAUACUGUUUUGUUUUAUUAUAACAUAUUUUAAAUAUAACUCUAUAUACAUAAUAUACAUGUACAAAAAGAUACAAAUGGGAGCAUGCUUCAAACUUUCGCAUUGUCUAAAUUUAAUGUUACGAUUAAUCGGAUUUAGUAAAAAAAAA